UCUCUCUCUCUCUCUCUCUCUCUCUCUCUCUCCUCCUCCCCACGAAGCUUUCGAUCUCUCCAUUAAUGGCGACGAUGCUCCGCUCCUCCUCCUCAUCCUCCCUCGUGCGGAGGCUGAUGACGCUCUCGCGUGCGAGCUAUUCGUUGAUCGCCACAGCCGCAUCCGCUUCACACUCCAACGCCGUCGCCCGAUCCCCUUUCUCUCGCCCUAGCCCCUCCAUCGCUCGCCCUAUCUCAGAUUACAAUUAUCCUUUUCCAUGGGGUUUUAAGCGCUUGUUUAGUUCAAAUCCUAGCCACUUGCCCACCAUUGCUGACCCCGACAUAGAAGUGGCAUUCAAGGAUUUAUUGGCUAUGAGUUGGGAUGAAAUUCCGGAUUCCGUAUUGGAGGAGGCAAAGAAGGCACUAUCUAAGAAUACCGAUGAUAAGGCCGGUCAAGAGGCUCUGAAGAAUGUCUUAAGAGCAGCUGAGGCUUGUGUCGAAUUUGGGGGUGUGCUGGUAUCCCUGAGAAUGGCUCUUGAUGAUCUUUGUGGCCUAAGUGGAGAGAAUGUGGGUCCUUUGCCUGGUUAUAUAGAAGAUGCCGUAAAAGCUGCAUAUAAACGUUACAUGACCUACCUGGAUUCCUUUGGUCCAGAUGAGCUUUAUUUGAGGAAAAAGGUUGAAACAGAGUUGGGGACAAAAAUGAUUCAUUUGAAAAUGAGAUGCAGUGGCAUUGGAUCCGAAUGGGGGAAGGUUUCACUUAUUGGCACGUCAGGGCUUUCCGGAUCCUAUGUUGAGAUGAGAUCUUAAGAAAAGAUGUGAGAGCUCUGGAGUUUCGGUUGCAUCUUUUAAUUUAUCUGUUUUGGCUGUUUGUGGAUGUGUAGUUUGUGUCCUAAAUAAUACUGAGACAAUCGAUCACUUCAUCUUUUCUAGUUAAAAGCCGUGAGUACUUCAACGCUGUGGGCAAAAGAAGGAAGAAGGUAAAUUCCGGACUUAAACCGAAUAAAGAUGGUUUAGAUAUGUUUCCUUUGGCUUGCAUAUAAUUCCUUGCAAAAUGUUUAUAUUGCUUUUACUUCUGUUGUUUAUUAUCUGCUUGUCAGCUUAAUUCUAUGUGUGCCGUUUACUUCGCAUCU